AUUUUUUAUUGAACAUUUCUUUAUAGUGGAUAGGUUGGCUGAGCAUAUACAAAUGCAGAUUAUUCCAUGAGGCCGCUGUACUAACAGCAGUUCGGGUUCAAGGCUGCUGGAGCAUCAACCGGCUUGAGUACAGGCCAGAGAGUCAGAGCAGCAAGAUGAGAUGUGACAAUUUACCAACGAGGGCUUUGUAGAUAAAUAAGUGCCACUAGUUAUUACUUCUCUCAGGCAGCAAAAUCCAACAUACUGUACAUUACCAUAUAGAUUGUGGUGGUGAGUGUAAUUAUCAACAGUAUGAACCUGAGAGCAGAGUGGUCAGCGGAGUGUAGGCCAGGGGCAGCAGCAUGUUGACAUCCCCAUAAUCCAGAUGUGAGAGCAGAGAUGCUUCAACAAUCUGCUUCUGUUUCUGUACAACAAGCCAUGCUUCAAUUUGGUGGAAAUUAUCGGGUUGACAGAGAAAUGUACAUUCAAUCCUAAAGAGGGAAUAGACAACCCGAUGAUGGUCACCACAGAAGACGCAGACUCUGUGUCGACACCGAGCCCACGUCUGUGUGUUCUUAAACGAGAGGAAGGGGAGUCAUAUGGCUUCCACCUCCGGGUGGAGAGGGGACGCGAGGGUCACAUAAUCAGAAAUGUAGUGUCAGGAGGGGUGGCGGGGUGCAGCGGCCUUCAAGAUGGAGACAGGCUUCUGGAGGUCAACAACUGCUAUGUUGAUGAUGUUCCUCACCCUGAGGUGGCUAGGAAAAUCAAGCUAAGUGGACACCAGUUAUGUUUAUUAGUGUUAGAUGGGGAGGAGUAUGAGAAAGCUGCGUCCCAAGGUCAAGAUUUCCGAGAUCUGGCCAGAGCGCACAUGGCCGAGGGCUGCAAACCACCCAGAAUCUGCCACAUAACCAGGGAUCCCGUCUCAGGUCUGGGCAUCAACUUCACACCCGUGGAAGGUAACGCCACUCCUGGAGAGAAAGGUCGCUUCUCUGUGAGCCUGGUUACAGGAGGUGCGGCUGAAAGGUCAGGGGUGUGUAAGGGAGAUCACCUGGUGUGGAUGAACGGAGCAACGGUGUCUGAUCUCACACACUCUGCACUCAGCAGGAUGAUGAAAAAAUGUGGCGAUCACAUCACCAUCCUAGUAAUUGACAGCGAGAGCGAGAAGAACUACAUGCGACAGAGGAUGCCCAUCCUGCCCACCAUGGCUGUUCCACACAACCUGCCUCACAGAGCCAGAACACUGCACCUGGUCUCUGGGCCCGAGGGCUACGGCUUCCUGCUUCGGCUGGAGAAGGCGCCAUCGGGACGCACAUCUCAUGUUCUGCGUGAGAUGCACAGUGGCAGUCCAGCAGAGAGGGCAGGUAUGCAGGAUGGAGAGCUGCUGCUGGAGGUCAACGGGGAGUUGGUGGAGUCACUGAUGCACGAGGAGAUUGUGGACAGAGUGAGACUGAGUGGACAACAGGUCUCCCUCACCACCAUCACUCUUCGGGGGCUGGAGUUUUACACCCAGUUGGGUCUAUCACCUCUUCUCUUCUGUGAGGAUGCUGAGAGAGAAAAGGAGAGCAGCAUAUCAGCAGAGCAGUCACCACAGAAGGAAAUGGAUGGCUCGUGCAAGCCCAGACACUGCUAUCUCCAAAAAGGCCCUUUGGGGUUCGGCUUUAACCUGGACUGUGUCCCAGAGAGUCCGGGGACCUUCGUCAGCCAGGUGGCUUUUGGGGGAACUGGGCUGAGUGCAGGAUUACUUGUGGGUGAUGUGGUGAUGGAAGUCAAUGGACAAAAUGUGGAGGAGAAAUCUCUCGAGGAUGUGAUUAUGCUUGUGAAGAAAGGAGGAAAUUUUCUUAACUUAGUAGUCAUGGAGAAGGCUGACUACAACCAGUUGAAGCAGACUGACACACCCACCAAAGAUAUCACUGACAGCAAGCAGGAAGAAGACAAUUAUGAGAUAUCAUCUUUGUGAGCGAUAAAGAUACUCACACAAUUCUGAAGACAUUCUCCAGUCCCAUACGUUACCUGAAGAGACUUAAAACUGAGCUUAUCUAUUAUUAUUAUUAUUAUUAUUAUUAUUAUUAUUAUUAUUAUUAUUAUUAUUGCCUUAAUCUAAUCCCAGGGUUUCACAAAGGAACCCAGAAGAUGAAACAGAUAAAAUAAGAUAAAUGAAACUGUAACAAUGUCAUUUGAAGAAAUGCUGUAAUGUGUAUUAGUGUAAGAUAUGAAAAUGUCUUUUGGUACUGUAUUAUACAUCUUGUGAUGUAAACAAAUCAAAUGCUUCACAUCUUAAAGGACCAUAAUCUGUAUUAACUACAUUUCUUAUUAUACUAAUAUAAAAGGAAACCGGUGGCUUUGUAGAAUCAGAAACACAUUUGGAUCUCUAAAAAGCUACCACGUUUUGUUAGAUAAUGAUCGGCAGUAAUGUAAAGUACCGGUAGCUUAAUGAAUGGAGGGAAAAAAAUGGUAUUGCCCUUAUGCUUCAAAAGUGUUUACAUUGUUUUAGUUGGAAAUGAGGGUUAUGUAUAUUACGUAUUAAACAUUACAUAUAAAAUG